AUGAAGGCGUCGCUCAAAAUCCGCGACGACGGCAAGCCCUUGGUACGGGCCAAGGUCCCCAUCACUAUCCUGGGCCUCCCUUUCGUCUCCGGCCUCGGCUCCGCGCUCGACGACGCCCGCCACCUCCGCCUCGACCUCUCCACCGCCUUCGCCUCCGGUCCCUCCCUCCGCCUCGCCUAUCGCCCCAACGAUCCUGCCUCCCCCUUCGCCCUCGUCCUCAAGACCGGCCUUGGCGCCCUCGGCUCUCCCGAUAAAGGAUCACCCUUUUCCAUGGCCGCCGAGUUCGGCCUCCUCGCUUGCCCCGGAGGAGCCGGCCCCGUCUUCUCUGUGCGCUUCAAACCUCAGAUCGGGGACUUCGCCGUCAAGAAGACCAUCACUUCUGCGACAGCCGCCGCCAUCCCGGCCAAGCCAACCCCGAACGGCGACGGGUUCGAGGCGCCGAUUGCGGAGAACCACUUCGAGAAGAAAUCGAACGGUUUUUUCUCCAGCGACGACGUCGCGAGCGGGAUUCAUGGACUCCUCUCCGGGUAUGAGGUCACCGCGAGCACCGUCCUCCCGAUACGGGCGCAUACCGCCCUCAAGUUCAAGUGGGGGCUGACACUACCGCCCGAGCUCCGCGCCGCGAUCGGCGGGAGAACGGCCGGCGGCAUUUCGCUCAACAAACUGCCACUCCUAGCGAUGAGCAAGAUCUCGAUCGAGCGCGGGAGCGCAAGUGGGCGUGCCAGCGAAGAACAGGACAUCGAAUCGCGGGAGAGAAGUUUGUCGGUGAGGAGAGAGUUGGAGUCCAUGCGGGCGGAGAACGUGGCGCUGAGGAAGGCGGUGGAGGAGCUACGGAACGAGGUCGGGGGUUGGAAGGCAGUGGCACCGGCUGUUGGAAGAGGAGGAGACAGCGGGAAGAGUAGAACUAGGAAUCCAGGUAUGUCGGUUGAAAACGCGAGAGAGGAGUUGAAGAAGGUGUCGGCGAUGGGAUCGGCCGGCGCCGGGCGAAGCCCUUCGCCGUAG